AUGGCCGAUCAGUCCGUUGAGGCCGCGACCGCGGUUGAGGAUAAGACGCAGAAGAGGGGAGAACGUAGAGGCGGGAAGGGUGGCGGACGAGGGGGAGGCGGUGGGGGACAGCCGAGGGAGGUGUUGGUUUCUAAGGCGCUUUCGAGGCUUUUGAGACACCAGGCUGAGAACGCCGGAGUGAAGCUUGAUGAGGGCGGGUACGCGCCGUUGGACAAGGUGCUGGCCUACGGUCCUAUCCGAUCCCUGCAGGUAGCCUUUUCCGACAUCCAAGCCGCCGUCACCACGUCGGACAAGCAGCGCUUCGCCCUCAAGCCCAACGCCGCGACGAACCCCUCGCUGGACGAGACCUCGACGGAGCCCUCGCACUGGCUGAUCCGCGCGAACCAGGGCCACAGCAUCAAACUCGACUCCGCGUCCCUUUUGACGCCCAUCACCUUGGAGGCGGGCAACGUGCCCGAGGUCGUGGUGCACGGGACGUACUUUGCGUUCUGGAAGGCCAUUGAAGAGUCGGGCGGGCUGAAGAGGAUGGGGCGGAACCACGUUCACUUCGCGACGGGGCUGCCGGGGGACGACAAGGGCGUCGUGAGCGGCAUGAGGAAGGACGCCGAGGUGCUGGUGUAUGUCGACGUCGAGAGGGCGCUGAGGGACGAGGGGAUGAAGUGGUGGGUCAGCGAGAACGGGGUCGUGCUGACGGAGGGGGACGAGGAGGGGAGGGUCCCGACGAGGCUGUUCCGGGAGGUUUGCGCGAGGGACGAGACGGCGGGGGUGGGUGUGCUCUGGAGGGACGGGGAGAAGGUUGGGGAGUUGCCCGAGGGGUUGAAGAUGAGGGCGCCGCCGGGCAAGGGGCGGGGCGGUCGUGGUGGGAGAAGGGGCGGGAAGGCGUGA